ACCAUGAUUAAAAUAGAAGAAGAGAAAGGCGGAAGUUAGUUUAUUUCGUGCAAUGCGGAAUUUAGCAUAGCAGCGCACAGGUUUGUUUGGACUAAAACGUGGGACGAAGUUCAUUUUUAUUUUAUCUCCGAAGUCUUUGAACCGUCUAGAAGGAUAAAAUGUUGAAAGAGUUGGUAAGGGAGCGCCUCAUUGUGGCCGCCGACGAAAUCUUCGGCCUGUUUGAAAGAACGAUGGCAUCGUACGAGGAGCAACUUUCUCGGGCCAAAGAGGAGAGCGAACGACACCGGCGACAACUUCAAGCUGUUUGCAAGUGUCAAAUAGUCGUACGACUUGAAGAUGUCCAGAAGCUGAUCGCCGGUCAGGAAAAGCUUCUCCCUCAGCUGCAUUGGGGGGGCUCCAGUUCGGAGCAUCCACAGCUCCCCAUUGUUAUAAAUAAAGAGGAGGCUACAGAGCCCCUUACCAUCAAAGAGGAAGAUGUUAACAGAGAAGAGGACAGGGCUCUUGUCAGCAAGUUGUCUCUGUCCGGCGUAUCUGUGGAAAGGGACGACAAUGAGGAUGAACGCUCAAGUGGAGCCCAACCUGGACGACCACUGCAAGAAAAACGCUCGACUCCACGGUCAAACAGUGAUGACACUGACGAACCUGCGGAGAGUGGUGCAGAUGGCGAAAGUGAUGAAAAACAGUCUAAGUGCUCUCAAAAGGAAAAAACUCUUGCCAACGGGGACACUUCAAAAAAUUGGCAAAAACACCCAACUUGCUUACUUUGCGGCAAACGUUUUCCUUUCAAGUCUGAAUUGACAGUACACAUGAGAAGACACACAGGAGAAAAACCCUUCACUUGCUCAGUUUGCGCUAAAACAUUCUUCCAGAGAGCCAGGUUGGUAGAACACACAAGAGUACACACGGGAGAAAAACCCUUUAGUUGCUCUGAAUGCAGUAAAACAUUCUCGCAUAAAGGUAGUUUGGCAAUACACAAGGUGACGCACACUGGAGAAAAACCCUUUCGUUGCCAUGUUUGCUCUAAAACCUUCACUGCAAAAUCAAACUUGAAAGUACACAAGAGAAGGCACACAAAAGGAAAAACCUUUUGUUGCUCCAUUUGUGGUAAAACGUUCUUCCAAAAGGGAGGUCUGCAAUCGCACAUGACAACUCACACUGGAGAAAAACCCUUUAAUUGCUCAGUUUGUAGCAAAGCAUUCUCCCUAAAACAAUCCCUGGUGGUGCACAUGAGCACUCACACGAAAGAAAAACACUUUUGCUGCUCAGUUUGUGGUAAAUUAUUCUCUCAAAAGCCAGGGUUAACACUACACAUGAAAACACACACAGAAGAAAAACCCUUUAGCUGCCCCAUUUGCAGCAAAAAAUUUGUCCUAAAGCGAUACAUGACAGUACACGUGAAAAGACACAUGUGCGAAGACACGCUGGAGGAAAAUCCUUUCGUUGCUCAGAUCCAUUGAUAGCGGAGUAUUUUAUUAACCCUUUCAUGCAUGGAUUAGAUUUUUUUUUUGUUUGUUUGUUUUUUUUAGUUUUUGUUGCAUUCAUAUCGUAUAAGGCUCUCAAACUUCCGGUCAGGUUUUAGUUUGAGUGUUGCCCGCAUUUGUUUAACUGUUUUAUUGCUGUUUGAGGCUGUGCUCAGCAACGUUUUAAAUGUUAUCUGAUGACUCAGAUCAUUGAUUACUUAUAUGAUCGUUGCAGACAAAGAAAUAUUUAUUUGAAAAAUAUAUUUGAGGGAAUUUCUUGAGUGUUUUAACUCAUUGGUUGCCAUUGACUUGGGUAGACAUCCAAUCCAUAUGAACCGGGAUUGCGGGCAGCGAAUUUAUUCCCCAACCCCUCACCCCAAAAAAGAACAAAUAAUAGAAUACAGAUGUCAAAUGGAUUGGACAUCUGCCAUUGAUACAGAAAUUCUGUCUCUGUUUGACUAUCGAAAUAAGUGUCCAUUAUUUGUUGAAUGUUUUUGUUGAGUGUUUAUGAACUGGUGUUUUUCUGUGAAGCCCUUUGUGAUGAUUUAGUGAAAUAAAUAAAUGUGACUUCACUUUUUCUUGAUCCUAUUUUCAAAAAGCUAAUAUCAUUGGGAAGCUUGCUCGUUACAAAAGCAGAUUUUCAGAUUAUUUAUUUUGAAAAAAAGAUUGCUUGGUGAGCUUCACCAAAAGAUUUAUCGAGCCAGAUCAUUGUGUGUGACACCUUUUCCAAUAUGGCUACCAGCCUCGUGCCUGUACUGUUCUGAUGGUUGUGGUCUACAGUGGGAGAAAUAAGUAUUUAGUCAAUCACCAAUUGUACAUACAUAAACAUAAACAUGUCGUCGGUCCUGCCCUUCCAAUUUGAACCCGAGCGGAAUAUUAAUGGGAAGGACAGCCCUGUCGAUAUUUCACAAAACAAGCAGCAAAUGCAAACAUACAGUGGGGCAAAUAAGUAUUUAGUCAACCACUAAUUGUGUAAGUUCUACUUGAAAAGAUUAGAGAGGCCUGUAAUUGUCAACAUGGGUAAACCUCAACCAUGAGAGACAGAUUGUGGGAAAAAAAAACACAGAAAAUCACAUUGUUUGAUUUUUAAAGAAUGUAUUUAUAAAAUAAGUAUUUGGUCAAUACCAAAAAUUCAUCUCAAUACUUUGUUAUGUACCCUUUGUUGGGGAAUAACUGAGGCCAAACCUUUUCUGUAACUCUUCACGCUUCGCUUGGUGUUAAGAAAUUAGCUGUGGGAGCAAUUAUUAGAAAAUGGAAGACAUACAAGACCACUGAUAAUCUCCCUUGAUCUGGGACUCCAUGCAAGAUCUCACCCCGUGGCGUCAAAAUGAUAACAACGGUGGGCAAAAAUCCCAGAACCGCACGGGGGGACCUAGUGAAUGACCUACAGAGAAUUGGGACCACAGUAACAAAGGCUACUAUCAGUAACACAAUGCGCCACCAGGGACUCCAAUCCAGCACUGCCAGACGUGUCCCCCUGCUGAAGCCAGUACACGUCCAGGCCUGUCUGCGGUUCGCUAGAGAGCAUUUGGAUGAUCCAGAAGACUACUGGGAGAAUGUGUUAUGGUCAGAUGAAACCAAAAUAGAACUUUUUGGUAGAAACGCAAGUUCUCGUGUUUGGAGGAGAAAAAUACUGAAUUGCUUCAGAAGAACAUCAUACCCACUGUGAAGCAUGGGGGUGGAAACAUCAUGCUUUGGGGCUGUUUUUCUGCAAAGGGACCAGGACGACUGAUCUGUGUAAAGGAAAGAAUGAAUGGGGCCAUGUAUCGAGAGAUUUUGAGUGAAACUCUCCUUCCAUCAGCAAGGGCAUUGAAGAUGAGACGUGGCUGGGUCUUUCAGCAUGACAAUGAUCCCAAACACACAGCCAGGGCAACAAAGGAGUGGCUUCGUAAGACGCAUUUCAAGGUACUGGAGUGGCCUAGCCAGUCUCCAGAUCUCAACCCCAUCGAAAAUCUGUGGAGAGAGUUGAAAAUCUGUGUUGCCCAACGACAGUCCCAAAACAUCACUGCUCUGGAGGAGAUCUGCAUGGAGGAAUAGGCCAAAAUACCAGCAACAGUGUGUGAAAAGCUUGUGAAGAGUUACAGAAAACGUUUGGCC